GCGGCAGCCUCCACACGCCUCCGCGCCCUCUACAGCCCGCCACGCGCCCCACACGCCUCCCGGCACACUUGUGGACGCUGCGGCUGAGGCUACCUGUGGCUUCCUGUCUACACCUGUACACACACACCUGUCUCAGAUAGAUGUUGACCAUAACACGAGGAAAAGUUAUACAUUGAUACUGUUUGUAUUGGUAACAGACAAGAGCUGUAGAUAGCCCUGAUGAUACCCCUGUAACACAGCGUUACUACCAGAAGUGACUAACACACACUCAUUGUAACGUCUUCCUUACAUGUGCACUACCCCCCCACGCCCACUAACCUCUCCAAAUUGUUCCGUUACCUGUUACUUACCCUAACCUUGCUGCAGCUCCGUUAUGAGUGACUUGUUGUAACACCUCAAUGAUCUUGUGUUACGUUGUGUUACCAGUGACUUGUGUGUGACGUAAGUAACUUUGUGUUACAUCUUGGUACGUGUGUCUGGUGUGCUGUGAGUGUUACUGUGUGACAACUUCUCACUACUUGUACCAGCUGUAUGACGAUUACUUAAACCAGACGGGAACUUGGUCAAUUAGAGUUACAGUUUAAACCUUCUAAAACCAUGUUAUUAAAACUCGAAAACCGAUAUUAAACCAAGACAGAAGAAACAAUUAUAUACACUGAUUAAACAGGUAUGAACAGGUGUGAGAGAAACCCAAACACCUGUAAUGGCUAAAACACCUGUAAUGAGUGUAUCAGCAGAAUAAACUCUAUGGCUCGUGUAGGCGAUAUAACCCAGCAACUCGUAAAAAAAAUUAUAAACAAGUAUAAGUUUAUGGGUAAAAUAAGUUAUAUUAAUAACUUAUAAACACUUGAAUUAAGAAAAAGGAAAGUUGAAGGUUCAUCUAAGAGGAUAAAAGUUAGGCACUCAAGCCAUAACAGUGCCAACACCUGGUGCCAGUCUUGCUGUAACAGUUGUAGUGUCUUCCAGUGUUGUAGAUAUUUGGCCAACAGUUCUACAGCAACUCUGUCGCCCUAACCAAGCAGCAGGGAGAAGCGGUAGAGACAAGACUAUCUCAAGCAACAGCAACACACAGCAAGAUAAUUUGAUGUUAGUUAUAAGAAGCAGCAGGGUGUAGUGAGGAACAGCAGGGUGUAGUGAGGAACAGCAGGGUGUAGCGAAGAACAGCAGGGUGUGCGGGGUGUAGCAGCAAGUACAGCGGUGUGGGGUGACUAUAACAGCGAGUAACAGCGACAGAGAGAACAGCAGUAACAGCACCAGCGUCAACAACACCGUGUAGUAGCCGCAGUAACUGAGGCAGCUUGUGGUCAAGUAAAUAAACAAACAUCAGCUGAUUGAAGACAGGUGUGACGAUGUAAACAAAAGUGUAAAGUUAUCAUACAUCUGGACGUCUAACGAACCACCAUCUCCAGUGCUGCCAGAUGACGCCCUUGAUACCCAUACCUUUCUAACCAACCACUACCUACCACCACUACCCACCACCCCACGUACCCCACUACCACCACUCCACCCACCUCACCCACCUACCCAACUACCACCAUCACCACGUGACAAUGGAACACCGCCACUUCAUCGCUGAGGUAUGAGUGUGGGAGAUAGGCCGAGGCAGUGCGUGGAGCCUCCUUCUCGUCACACGUGACCAGCAUAUCUUGAACAUCUAAAAGAAAAAUUGUCUUUCCUUUCCCCAUGUCUGCCAAGCAUAAGAAGUCUACCAACUAGUCUCAUCUGUCUGGAAGAGAAGUUAAAUAUUAGUUGAAAAUCUUGCACCUCAUUUUGUUAAAAAAGAAAAGAAAAAAGUUUUCCCAGCCUUGUCCAAAGACACGAGUAAGGCAACACUCCACAGGUUUUGGGUCUUCAAUUUGUGCUAACAUAAAAACUAUAGUAUACUCGAGUCUCUUUUACCUCCCCAGAAGACAAUGUCUCAUGGAGGCAUCGUCAACAUCCUUGAAUUGCUUUCGAGUACAGGCAUUUGGGUACUUUCGGAUCAUCUACAUCAUAUUGCUACAAGUGAGACCAAGAUAAGAAAGUACACUAGUAUGAGGCACAGUGCAAACAGUAAGAGCCCUCAUACUUAAAAACAGCUGGUUUGUUUUUGAGGCAAACUCUAAAUUCUGGGGGAGCAACCUUGUGCCUCCGUGUUUACAUAAUCUAAAACAAUGGCAAUGAUGGUAUUAGAGGCACAUGUUGCUGGAUGAUACUCUUCUGUUUGAGUAAGUUUUUAGGCAGACAUAACAACAUAACAUCAUGAAAACAUGGAAAGUUUUCAGGUACAGUUUAGUCAGUUGUUUGAUAGAGACAAGUUGAGAAUGUUAUGCGGAGCAAAUUGAGAUUGUUCAGGACAUGAAUACUAAGUAGGCACCUCAGCCACAUCAUCAAGGUUACGUCGUAAACAAGGUUUUGUUGCUAUGGACUCCCCGUCAUAUCUCCUGACAGAGAUAGACACGACACCCUUCAAGACUCUCGAUGACCUGGCUUACAACAUCAGUAGGAGGUACAGGAUCUCUCAUGGUGUCUUCCCUAAGUACCUACCACCUCCCAACGUGGCGGUACAGGACGCCACAGUCCACAGUAUUGGCCAUAUUGACAUCGUGGUUUGUAACUGCACUGAGGAUGAUGCUGGAGUUACGUCUACCGUGGACGCCUCCCGGGAUGUGACCUCAGGGAUGUGGGACCUGAGUAGCUCCUGGGGUAACCUCUCCACUUCUUGGAACUUCACUCAAGUGGAACUGGGCAUCAAUGUGACACGGGAGGAGGAAGCUCCAGGGUGGUGGGGGUCUGGGGAGUCGAUGUCCGGGGCUGGGGGAGAGUGGGGCCCAGGACUCCUAGCAGUUACUGGUCUGGCCCUCUACACCCUCGCCCUCUGCACUGCCGUCGGCAACGCCCUCGUCAUCCAUGCUAUCAGGACGGAGAAGCGCCUCCAGACGGUGUCCAACUUGUUCAUCAUGAGUCUGGCAGCAGCAGACCUUACUGUGGGGGUCAUCGUCAUGCCCAUCAGUGCUGCCUACGCCAUGAUGGGAGAGUGGCGGCUGGGACUCGUAGUGUGUCAGUUCUGGUUGGCUGCGGACUACACAGCCUCCACAGCUUCCAUCUUCAACCUGGUGAUCCUGUCCCUGGACCGGUACUGGUCCAUCACUGCUCCACUGCGCUACCUGCGGCGGCGUACUAGACGGCGAGCCUGGGUAAUGAUCGGAGCUUCGUGGACAGCAGCAACAGCAUGGUUGGUGCCUGUACUGGCCUGGCACCAUCUGGCACUGGGGGGUAUCAGAAGCCACCCACCUCAUGUGUGUGAGACAGAGUUCUCCACCAGCGCUGCCUUUAAGGCUGUUACAGCUGCACUCAAUUUUUAUUUGCCCACAGCUCUUAUGCUGUACCUUUAUUGUCGCAUAUUCCGAGAGGUGCAGUCACGUCAGGUGCUUGGCCGGGUUCCCUUCACCAGCCAUGAUCUUGUCACAGACUCGUGCAGUGAGGUAGAACGGCACUCCCGCCCUCCACAUCAGGCCCGCAACAACCAGUCGUCCUCACACAACCUCCCCUCCAUCACAGCCAAUAACGAGUGCAGUCAAUUCCGCAGCUUGACUGUGGUUUCCCCGGGAAGUGAUGACUGCUCACACUACUCAGGGGUGGUGGUUAGUGUUGAAUAUCUUCCUGAAGAAAUUGACCAGACUUCCCCAACCCACCACCAUCACCUCAACCACCAGCAAUCACAACAACAACAACAACAACAGCAGCAGCAGCAACACCAACAGCUGUCACCACAUCAACAAAAUCAACUACAGCAACAGCGGCGGCAAGCUGCAGCAAACCGGCUGGGACCUCACCACAACCACAUACACUGUUACCAGAGCACCACCCGGCCGCACUCAUCCUGGGACCCCUCCACACAUUCACCGCACAGAGCCCGGGAACAGAAGUGGGGCAGUAGCUGGCGUCUGAGUACUUUGUCGCAGGGAGCCAACAGCCCCCGCAUUACAGCCCCUGCCACCACCACCACCACAGCAACAAAUGGCACCAGGAAAAAGCGGACUGUGGCGUGUACCAACAGUGGUGGUGGUGGUGGUGGUGGCGGGGGAGCGCGACGGGUAGAGGGCGUUAACUUGGCAAAGGAGAGAAAGGCAGCACGACAGCUGGGGGUCAUUGUAGGUGCCUUCAUGGCCUGUUGGGUGCCAUAUUUCACUCUCUUCCCCAUUAUGGCACUGUGUGACACUUGUGUCCCUGCCCAUGCACACACUGCCACCAUCUGGCUGGGAUACCUUAAUUCUGCACUCAAUCCUGUUCUCUAUCCACUUUGCAACCAUAAUUUCCGGCGAGCCUUUGCCAGGAUGUUGCGGCUGCCAACCCGCAAGAGUAAUAACUAUGCCAACGCCCACAGGCUGGCCACCAUCACCGUCAGACACUGACGCCCACACUGUGCCGGCCACACCAACUACUGGCCCAUCACCCUCGGUAGACAAGCCAACACGGGUCUUACCAUGUACAGUCAAAGAACCCAUAAACAUCAUUAUGUUAAUGACCUGGGUUAUAUAUUCAUGAUAAUAGGAUGACCUUUCACCUCCAAGCCUCACCAAUGUUCACCACUCAUCACUUUUAUUAAACAAUUUAAUUAUAUGUGACAAUCUAGCAAAUAGAUUUUCCUCAGCUAUUUUACACCAGAAAUGAUUAAGUAACUCAAGUAUUCAGUCUCCAGCAGUAACUUCCAUUAUUACAAACAUUACCUUCUGUACUACCAGUGAGUGGACCUGAAAGGACACUUACUUGCAUCUCACACUGCCGCACAUAAGUAGCAUUACUUUAGAUGACCUUGUACUGUACAAUGGACAAGAUAAUAGAAGGGAGACUAUUGUGUUGACUUUGGAACAUUUUAUAUGUCGUAAUACUUAGUAUAGAUAUCUCUGAAAUUCCUGUAGCACAGUUCAUUGAUGUGAAAUUAUUGUAAUUAGAUAAAACUAAUUACCAUAUUUUCACAUCCUCCCAGUGGUCAACUUAAUGACACAUUUACCAUCCCCUUCAAUACAGUUUUUGUGUAAUUUGAUAUAUAUUACUGUAUCAUUGGAUCCUUAUUAUGUCAGAAAAGUUGCUCACCAUCUUGGCACCACAUGACUAAGUAAGACUGGUAUGUAAUGAGCUAACACCAUCAAUGAGAAUUGUCAAUAAGGUGGUUUAUUCAGUGUGAAUUUUCUGUUCCAUGUUGCCUUCCUCACUACCACCAUGUUGGACAUCAGAUGAUUCCAAGAUCUUUGUGAAUUUAGCAGUUAUGAGGCAUGUGUGUGUGUGUGUGUGUGUGUGUGUGUGUGUGUGUAUGUAUAAUACAGUACUACUAUAUUUCAAAGACCCAUGAGUUUUGUUUCCAGUACAAUGACCUUUUAUCAUAUCUAAACCUCAUAGUUUAUUGUCAACAGAAUACUGUACUAACACAUUUAGACCAUAGUGUACGAUAUUAUUUAAGAGACAUUACCUCAACACCACCCGACUCUACACCACCUGGCUCUACACUUACCUCAACACUACCACCAGACUCUACACCUUACCUCAACACUACCUGACUCUACAC